AUGUACUCUCGCUCCUCGUCGGUUUAUGGGCGGUCAAAGUCGCCAACCGAGAAACUACCUCCAAGUCAUACACCUACGGAGUGCGUUCUCCCCACCCCUCGUCUCAUACUGGUCGCAUCGAAGCUAACCAAGCUUUUCGUCCAGUGGCAACGUGCCGAAACCCUCGGUGCCCUCGUCAAUGGUGUCUUCCUGGUCGCCUUGUGCGUAUCGAUUUUCCUCGAGGCUAUACAACGGUUGGUGGAACCCCAGGAGGUGAAGAACGGCAAACUCGUCUGUAUUGUCGGUUGUCUUGGUCUUUUGUCCAACAUCAUUGGCCUGGUCCUCUUCCACGAUCACUCCCAUGGACACGGACAUGGUCACGUUCACGCCGACGUUGAGGAUGUGGAAGCUGCCGAGCAUGGCAUCGCCCAUGACCACUCUACAAUUCCCCACGCAGAUACCCGCAGAACAAGUCUUGAGCCCGCUACCGAACCCGCCUCUCCCUUCUCUCGCAGACAACGAGCCAUCGAAAGCCAUCGCGGCUCGCCACGAUACACCACCUCUAGCCGUGGUUUUAUGGAUGUGGAAGACCUGCAGGUCCACCCAGCCACACUGAGACAGGAGAUCAUCGCCGCCAGCCGCAACCGCUUCCCGGAAGAUGAGCCGUCGGAGUCAGACUCGGAUCAAGCGGGCGAGAACGGAGAUGAGAAUGGCCAACCGUCGGAGCGGACGGGCCUGCUAGGCCGCAAUGAUCGAGCUGGAAAAUACACAGACGAAAUCCACGCUCCGGUGAAUGCGCCGGUGAUGGCCGCCGAGGAUGACAUCCAUAAGCAUCACAAUCAUGCCCAGCCGAAGCCCAAGGAGCACAAGCAUGGCCACGGUCACGACCUCAACAUGCGUGGUGUAUUCCUGCACGUUAUGGGGGAUGCGUUGGGAAACAUCGGCGUCAUCGCGUCUGCUUUGGUGAUCUGGCUGACAGAUUACUCCUGGAGAUUCUACGUCGAUCCGGGCAUUUCGCUUCUGAUUACCAUCAUUAUCCUUGCUUCCGCCAUUCCCUUGUGCAAGGCCGCCUCCCGCAUCCUUUUGCAGGCCGUCCCACAGGGAAUGAGCAUUGACCAUAUCAAGGAGGACAUUGAACGCCUUCCGGGUGUGAUUAGCUCUCACCAUCUGCAUGUCUGGCAGCUCAGCGACACCAAGCUGGUCGCCUCUCUCCAUAUCCAGGUGGACACAGAAAUCAAGGGCGAAGGCUCCGACCGAUACAUGCACCUGGCCCGACAGGUCCGACGAUGUCUGCACGCCUAUGGCAUUCAUUCAUCCACGAUCCAGCCUGAGUUUAUGCCGGAGAGCGACGCGGAGGACAACAAUGCUGCGUCGUCUUCGGCCGGAAGCAGUAAUGGCGCCGCGCGUGGGCCGGAUGCUUUCCGGGACGGGGAUCCCCAGGCCUGUCUUCUGGAAUGUGGCGAGGAAUGCGCCCGGGGUGGACAAUGUUGCCCCAAACCCGCACCCUAA